GUCUCUCCAAGAGUCCGAGCAGCUCUACUAAACACGCUUCCUCUGUCAGACAUCUUCCUUUCAUCAUUACAUGCUCACCCCUUAUACCUCCCUCCUCCUCGCAUGAACUACGUGCUCUCUCCGGGCCGACCCGACUCGAGUCCUCGACCGGCUUCCCGUCACCCGUGUUCCCUUCUUUGCAUUCCACAAGGUUUUACCAACCGUCGCCCUAGGUAACCUGUGCUGGUCAACUUACAUAUACGACGUCGACCAUGACGGCACACUACCGAAAGUCGGCCACGGCAGCACCGAGCUUCACCAUGAGGUUCCUCUCCAGCAUCGGCGCCGACGUCCUCUGGCGGUCAAGCCGGGACCUCAAACUCCUGAUCCUCCUCCGUUUCAUCAGACUCCUCGGCUACGGCGGCACCACUUUCGUCCUCGCAUUGUACCUCAGCGCCCUCGGCUUCCACGACACCCAAAUCGGCCUCUUCAUGACCAUGACCCUGGUGGGCGACUUCGCCAUCAGUUUCGUCCUCAUCUACGUCGGCGACCGGAUGGGCGUCCGGUUCACCGCCAUCAUCGGCGCGCUGUUGAUGUGCGUCGGCGGCCUUGCCUUUGCCUGGCUCGAUAACUUCUGGCUGCUCCUCCUCGCCAGCGUCGUCGGCGUCAUCAACCCCAGCGCCAACGAGAUUGACCCGUUCAAGGCCAUCGAGGAGUCGGCCAUCGCGCGGCUCAGCUCCGCGGAGACGUGCAACGAGCUGUUUGCCUGGUGGUCCAUGCUGGGCAUGCUGGGCACGGCGGCGAGCAACCUGGCUACGGGGUGGGUUAUUCAUGCGUCUGAGGAAGCCGGGCUGGAGCAGGUCGACUGCCAUCGCAUCAUCUUCCUUGCAUAUGCCGGUAUGGGGCUGCUCAAGUUGGUUUGUUCUUUGUUUCUCAGUCGGCAGGUGGAGAGGGGGACUACUGCUGGUGAACGUGAACGUGAACGUGAACGUGGACGCCGCGACUCGCAAUGUCAGUCACCCCGCCUCCCAGCCUACGAUCAGCGCCAUGACGACGAGGAGAGUGACUUGGAAUCGGAGAGGGGUGAAGGUGAUGAUGCACCGCUUCUGGGCGAGACCACACCGGGCAACGGUUACGGAGCAGUGGCCGCCGCAACAUCUGCAGAGGCCGGUGAAGUGCAAUCGGCAAGCCAUGUCUUGAAGGAGACGGCCAAGGUCUCCAAACGCGUCUUCUCCCCCUCAUCCUUCAGCUUCAUGUGGAAGCUCUCCCUCGCCAUGGGCUUCGACUUUAUUGGAUCGGGCCUGGCCCAGAUAUCGUGGAUGACGUACUUCUUCAAGCGAGAAUACGACGUCCCCGAGGGGGCCCUGGGGUCGGCCACCUUUACGGCGGGCAUCAUAUCGGCCGUGCUGAACCUCGCGUCGUCCCCCUUGUCUCGCGCCAUCGGCCAGGUGCAGACAAUGGUCCUCUGCCACACCAUCAACUCCAUCUCGCUGCUCAUCGUUUCGGUUCCGGGCAACAAGUACGUGGCCCUCGCCAUCUUCAUCUUCCGGAUCGUCACGCGGGAGUUGGACAGCGCCCCGCGCCAGGCUUUUAUUUCUGCCGGUGUGUCGGACGAGGAACGCACCUCGGCCAUGGGCGUCGUCAACCUGGUGAAGACCAUUGGCUCCUGUCUGGGCUUGUACAUGACCGGUCUGUUUGCUGGUCUCGAUCAGUUCUGGCUUGCAUUUAUUGUGGCUGGCUCCUUGAAGCUGGUCUACAAUGUCUUGAUCUCUGUCUUUUUCUGGAGGAGGAACAGCGGUUUGCGGGAGCAGGGUGCAUAGAGACUUGGCUCGCAUGCAUGGUGACAGUGGCAAAAGAAAAGGCGAAAGAAAAGCCAUCAGGAGGCAGAUGCGCAGAGGAAUG